AUGGAUAGAGCCACUUCAAACGCAACUGUUGAUGGUCACAUCAAGUCGGAGAGCUUUGCGGAGUCAUUACGUGCCACAUGUGUUUGUUGUCUCCGCUCGCGGCAAAAAAAGGAGAUUAAAGCGCGUGAAGUGGUGGAUCUUAGGGUCAAUCUUUCUGUCAUCCAUCAUGAAAGCCCUGCAGCCACCCCCACCAGCGUAUCUCUACAAGCCAUCUCUGAUAAGGAAGAGCGGGGCUGCUUAUUGAUCUGUGUCAAGAAGAAACUCCUGCUACCUGCUUUCAUAUUGCAGACGGAUAUAGCAGUGUCCCUCGCAGGUCUGAGGAGCCGUGACCCUUUUAAGAGCCUCGUCUCCUUGCUGUUGAAAAUCAUCUGCAGCCGCACGCUCACAGAAUUCAUCUCAAGCGGGAGACCACCGCAGAUUCCCGUCUCUGAGGAUGUUUUUAAAGACACCUUAAGCCCUCCUCUAUGGCCGCCACAAGUCACUGCCGCCGUCAGCCAGGCUGGACUCUUGGCGCACACAUACGCUCUGCCGCAGCCACCAGCUUACAGCCAGGGCACGACUGUCCAAGCACCCAUCGUCGGUGUGACCCCGGCGCUCCAAAACCCCCAUCCACAAUUACCCACACACUACCAACUCCCACAGCAGCCUUCACAGCCAAUGACCAACAUGGUCCUCAACGUCCAGAGCCAAUCCCUCGCCGUCGGCGGCCUGCCUCCAAUGCCCAGCAUCUGCCAGGUCGCCCAUCCCGUCCACACGGUGGUGGGCAAUGGCCCAUUGACGCAUACCAUGGUGCAAUCCGCCACCAUGAGCUCCUCGGCGCCACUGACGAACGGCCAACAGGAAAGCACCAACAACAGCCUGCAGAUGCUAAGAACGGUCGGAUUGGGGAAAUACGAAUUCACGGACCCCUGGCAUCCCAAAGAAAUGUUGAAGGAAUUGAACCAGCAGCGGCGAGAGAAAGAGUUUACAGACCUGAAAAUAAUUGUUGAAGGCAAAGAGUUUGAAGUCCAUCAAAAUGUUCUAGCUUCCUGCAGCUUGUAUUUCAAGGACAUGGUGAAAAGCUCUGAAGACAUCGGUUCCCGUCACAGGGCCAGUAGCCAUUCUGUCUGUCCCACUGACGAAUGUAUUUCACUGCUGAAAAAGGUCAAGGCGUCGACCGAUCUGACCGUUUCAUCUCCAUUCACUAAGUGUGCCAUGCUUCGACGGGAUGCUCUAGUGGUCCCACUUCACCUUUUACCUGCUGUGACUCGCUCCGUAUCUCGGCAGACAUUCACACGCCGCUUUGAGCGUGCCGUCGAGAUUAAGGGAGCUGCGCAGAUCUCGUUUAUGCUUGGGGAAAUUCUGUUUCUUGCCGACUUUGCCGUCUCACAUUCACACGCCGCUUUGAGCGUGCCGUCGAGAUUAAGGGAGCUGCGCAGAUCUCGUUUAUGCUUGGGGAAAUUCUGUUUCUUGCCGACUUUGCCGUCUCGUAUCGAUGCUGAUCUCAGCAGUCGGGUGUCCCGGAGCCAGAAACAGCUGACGGCCGCUAACUGUCUGGGAGUGUUGGCCAUGGCUGAGGCGAUGCAGUGCACCGAACUCCACAACAUGGCAAAGGCCUUCGCCCUGCAGAACUUCCCCGACGUGGCCGGUCAGGACGAGAUUCUCAACAUUUCCAAAGAAGACCUGGUCAGUUACAUGUCCAAUGACAGCCUGAACACGAAAGCAGAGGAGCUGGUCUAUGAGACGGUCAUCAAAUGGAUUAAAAAGGACCCCAGCAGCCGAGUGCAGCAUGUGUCUGAGCUGUUGGCGGUGGUACGGCUUCCGUUCAUCCAUCCCAGCUACCUGCUGAACGUGGUGGACAACGAGGAGCUGAUCAAAUCUUCAGAGGCCUGCAGGGACCUGGUGAACGAAGCCAAGCGCUACCACAUGCUGCCACACGCCCGCCAAGAGAUGCAGACGCCCAGAAUUCGCCCGCGACUGUCUGCCGGUGUCGCUGAGGUGAUCGUGCUGGUGGGUGGGCGGCAGGUCAUCGGUAUGAACCAGCGCUCGCUGACAGCCGUCACUUGCUUCAACCCUCAGAACAACAAGUGGUACCCCCUGGCCAGCCUGCCUUUCUACAACCGCGAGUUCUUCUCCGUCAUAUCGGCGGGGGAUAAUAUCUACCUGUCAGGUUAUUUCUGUGAAUGUCAAGGUGUUUGUUUCUCCGUGCGUCUCCGCAGGUGUCGCUGA